AUGCCCGCUCCUCUGAACCCCCAUCCCAAGCAUAGUUCUUCCUUUGCUUCGGAAGCACAUAAUGAUGGCCCUCCGAGGGUGAAUGUCUCACAUGAAGAUGAGGAUGCCCUGGUCGAUAUCCAUCAUACCUUAACUGAGAAGAGUUUGGCCGAUCCCAAAUAUCCGGAACCACAUUCCUCCUUCGACAAGUUCCUGGAGGAACAGAUCCAGGGCAGGAAAUGUGCCAAUCUCGGUGUCUGUUUCCAAUCGCUCUCGACUUGGGGUGAUGCGGACAGCCAUGCAGGUGUAAAGACUCUGGGUACGGCCCUGUGGCGAACCCUCACCCUACAAGAUAUCUACGAGUGGACCAUUCAGCCCUGGCUGGCAAAGAAGAAGCCCCAAGAUGGACGUCCAUUGAUUCGGGACUUUUCGGGAGUCGUCCACAGCGGGGAAAUUAUGCUCGUUCUUGGCCGUCCCGGUGCUGGUUGCUCAACAUUCCUCCGCAGCAUCGCUGGCCAUCAUUCCUCCUAUUUGGGAGUGACUGGCUCAAUCGACUACUCGGGCCUGAGCCCGGAAGAGGUUCGGAAGCACUACCGGGGCGCAGUAGCAUACAUCCCCGAAGACGAUGUGCAUUUUCCAACGUUGACGGUGCGCCAAACGCUGGAGUUUGCUCUUCAAAGUAAGACGCCCAAGCGUUACCGGGACAAAAUUCCGAGGUACCUGGAGAUCUAUGGGAGGGUCUUUGGGAUGUCGCAUACCAUGAACACGUUGGUGGGCAAUGAGUACAUUCGUGGCGUGUCCGGGGGAGAACGCAAGCGGAUCUCCAUCAUUGAAUCGCUCGCCACUGAUUCGUCGGUGGCCUGCUGGGAUAAUUCGACAAGAGGACUGGAUGCCUCUUCUGCCCUGGACUAUGCACGCAGUCUGCGUAUCAUGACAGAUACGUGUGGUAAAGCGACCUUGCUCACUUUGUAUCAAGCGUCAGAUGCAAUCUACGAGCUGGUAGAUAAGGUGCUGCUCAUUGAUGAAGGCCGUAUGCUCUACCAAGGGCCUGCUAAUGAAGCCAAGGGUUAUUUCGAAGACCUGGGCUACGAAUGCGCCGACAUGCAAACCACCUCGGAUUUCCUGACUAGCAUCACCCUGCCCGAAAGACGGCAGUUCCGUGCUGGAUGGGAAAACCGCUCCCCAAAGGGCCCGAUCGAACUCGAAGCAGCUUUCCGCCAGAGUGCUGCGUUUGCAAAAAUCGAGACCGCAGUCAAAAGCUAUGAAGAUCGGAAGUUUACUACCAAAACUUCUGAAACUUAUCCAGCGGAUUCAGACUGCGACAGCGUAGAGGAAUUCAAGAAGACCGUGCAGAGCGAUAAGUCGCGUUUCGUUUCGUCCAAAUCGCCAUAUACAAUUUCGCUCUUCCGGCAAGUGGUGCUUUGUACAAAGCGCCAGAUUUGGCAGUUGAAAGGCCACCUGGGCCCGCUGUAUAUCAAGUUGAUAUCCUGCGUUGUUUAUGGCUUGCUGAUUGGGUCCAUGUUCUACGACCAACCCCAAACCACCGAGGGCUUGUACUCUCGUGGAGGCGUGCUCUUCUACUCUGCCAUUCUACUUGCCUGGCUGCAGAUGUCUGAACUGGAAGAAGCUAUGCAGGGCCGCGAUAUUUUGAGCCGGCAAAAGAAAUAUGCUUUUGUAAGACCCAGUGCUGUGUGCUUGGCUCGCGUUCUCACAGAUAUGGUGGUAACCAUCUUUCUCACGUUCCUCUAUUCGAUCGUCAUGUACUUCUUGUCUGGUCUGCGAACCGAGGCUGGUCCCUUUUUCAUCCUCAUCCUCUUCAUCUAUAUGAGCACGAUCUGCCUCACAGCGCAAUUCCGCGUCUUUGCCGCUUUGUCACCGAACUUCGAAGUUGCACUCCGCUACUGCGGAGUAUCUGUUGUGUUCUGCAUUGUCUUUGGCGGCUAUGUCCUCUCAGUCGAUAAGAUGAUUCAAGAUGUUCCCUGGGUUGGAUGGCUAGCAUACACAACCCCUGCGUUGUUCGCCUACGAAUCAAUCAUGGCAGCCGAAUUUCACAACAUCAAUUUCACCUGUGCUGCCGGGUCCAUUGUCCCAUCCGGCGCUGGGUAUACCGACGUUGCCUACCAGACGUGUGCCUAUGCUGGUAGUCAGAUCGGUAGCACUGUGAUCAACGGCGAUGACUACCUGGCUGUAAAGUAUGGAUUCUACUACAGCAAUGUCUGGCGCAAUUUCGGUAUUCUGUGUCUUUUCUCCGUCGUCUUUAUUGCGUCCACCUGCUGGCUAAGCGAGGUGCUUGAAUGGGAGCUGGAUAGUGCAGGCCCCAUUCGAUACAAGGGGUCGCGCAAGCUAUUCAAACGGAAGAGCAGUGGUGCUGAUGAGGAGAACUCACCCGUCUCCGUUGACUCUGCUGCGCCGCCCCCAAGUGGCCAAACCCUGCAUGACCAGACACUUACAGCUACUGAGUCCACCUUCUCUUGGUCGGACUUGGAAUUGAAUGUGCAGAUUGGCAAGGAAACACGGAAGAUCUUGGAUGGUGUUUGUGGAUACUGCAAACCAGGGUCUCUGACUGCUCUCGUUGGUGCCUCCGGAGCAGGCAAGUCUACAUUGUUGACUGCACUCACGCAAAGGGGCAGCCCUGGCUCCUUGUCUGGGUCUUUAUUCGUAGACAACAAGUCAAUCGACCAAUCCUUCAACCGACAGAUUGGAUAUUGCCAGCAGAUGGACAUCCACGAUGAAAGCAGCACAAUCAGAGAAGCCUUCGAAUUUUCUGCACUACUCCGGCAAAGUCGUGAGAUUCCUACGACGGAAAAACUGGCUUACGUGGAAACGGUGAUUCAUACAUUGGACCUGGUCGAAUUGCAAGAUGCAGUGAUCGAGUCUCUGGAUAUUGAGAAGAAAAAGCGUGUUACGAUUGGGGUAGAGCUUUGCGCUCGACCCAAAUUGCUUCUAUUCCUCGAUGAACCGACAAGUGGGCUCGACAGCCAAGGUGCAACUAGUAUCGUUGCUCUGCUCCGGCGCCUGGCCAACCAGGGCCUGGCAGUCCUUUGCACCAUUCACCAGGCUAACCAACAACAAUUUGAAGAAUUCGACCGUGUCCUAGCUCUGAGUCCCGGUGGAAGAACAUACUACUUCGGCCCAGUUGGUGAAUCUGGCCGCGACAUUUUCGAAUAUUUUGCUAGACGCGGCAACCUCCCCGAACGCGCCACUAACGCAGCCGACUUCCUCAUUGAAGUGGUUGUCGGUGGUAUGAAAGCGUCGGGAAACAAAACAGACUGGGCAACCGUCUGGCGCGACUCGGAAGAAUGCGCUCAAGUCAAAAACGAAAUAACCUCAAUCCGCUCUGACAAGAAUCCCAAUUCUCCUUCCCUGCCUCCUACCUUGCCCCCUCUCAGCCAGCAGAUCAAACUUUUGACCCAACGAACUUGCCGCCAGUUCUGGCGCACUUCUGAGUACCCGUACUCGCGCCUCUACUCUUCCUUCCUCCACGCUCUCGUCAAUGGCCUCACCUAUUUGCAGAUCGGAAACAGUACUACGGAUCUGCAGUCGAAGGCCUUCUCCUGCUUCCUUGUUCUGAUGCUCGUCCCUGAGUUUAUCAACGCUAUAUCCAUGCGAUUCAUCAUGAAUCGCGAUAUCUGGUUAGCCAGAGAAGGCCCCAGCGGGGUUUAUGGCUGGGUUGCAUUCUGUACCGCCCAGAUCCUCUCAGAAAUUCCUUAUUCGGCUAUUGGUAGUGUGAUGUUCUUUGUCCUAUACUACUUUAUGGUCGGGUUGCCCCUCGGCUUCGCGGCCGGCUACAGCUUCCUGAUGUUCUUCCUUUUCUUCCUUUUCUCGACCUCCUGGGGACAAUGGAUUGCCGCUCUAAGUGCCGACUCCAUGAUUGCUGCAACGCUCAUGCCAUUUUUCAUCAUCAUGUGCGAGUUGUUUAACGGUAUUCUCCGACCACAAAGUCAGAUGCCCGUCUUCUGGAAGUACACCAUGUACUAUAUCACCCCGUUUACCUACUGGAUCGGCGGUGUGCUCACUGCUGUCCUGCGCGGUACCGAUGUCGUCUGCUCCCAGACGGAGUUGACUGUCUUCGAAAGUCCCCCGAACACCACUUGCCGCGAGUAUGCGGGAGCAUGGCUCAAUGCUAAGGGUAUCGGGUAUCUCUCCAACCCGGAUGGGAUGGGCGAGUGUGGAUAUUGUGAAUUCAGCCAUGGUGAUGAUUAUUUGUCUGGAAUUGGGUUGGACUCUUCGAAGAUCUGGCCAUAUUUUGGCAUCUUCUUUGCUUUUACCGUUACGAACUACUUGACGGUUUACUUAUUGGUUUAUAUGCGGUCUGUUAUGAGGCCAUUCUGGCGGUCGAAGUAG